AUCGCAUCCGAUCCCAUCAACCAAAUCGCAUCCGAUCCCAUCAACCAAAUCGCACCGCAUUCCGUCGCUCCUGAUCCCAGCCCUCUACAUCCCAUAUCGUCCUAUCCCUUUCCGUCGGUCUUUGGGCUGUGAUCCGCCAUGUCGUCGUCCACCUCUCUCCCGCCUGUGCCUCCUCCCCCGCCUCCGGCUUCGUCGAGCUCCCAAGCACCAUCGUCGCAACCGCCUCCCUCGACCCAGCCUUCGUCCACCACCACCACCACAACGACUACUACAACCACCACCACCACCACCACCGACAGAGCCAAGUCCACCACUACCGAUGAUAGCAACACCUCUUUGACUCUCGGUCCCAAGGGAACUUCUACGAUUCCGUCCGUCUCCUCCACCUCGACGAUAACCGGCUCCCCAACUCCUGAUCCCGGCCCGUCUGGUCCCGCCGGCCUCUCCAUGAACUCGAUCAUCAUUCUGUCCGUCGUUGGUGGCCUGGCUUUCCUCGGCAUCUGCAUUGUCAUUGCCUACUUCUUCAUCCGAUCGACUCGGGAAAAAUACGAAAGCCAGUCAAACAAGCUCAGUGCCCGGUACUCGACCGACGGCCCGCUCCCUGUCCAGGCUCAUCGCCCUAUUGCCGAUACCGCAUAUCAGUCUGGCCCAGGCUCGCAGUAUUCCGGAUACGGUGGCCCGCGCGUUGCUGCAACCGUGGGCGAACCCCAGUACGGCCACUCCGAGUACAGCUACAACAACCACGGCCCUCAGCAGCCCUACUAUGGCAACGACCAGCAACAGACCUACUACCAGAACGAUGGAUACGGUGGCUACGGCGCAUCUCAGCCCCCCGCCAACUCCAGCAACCCUUACUACCGAUAGGCAUACAUAUAUCCUACCGCCGUUUAGAGUCUUCCUCCUCUCGUCCACUUUUGCCGCACGCAUUUCUUGCCGCUUGUCUCCGCUUUCUUUCGAUUCAUUCUCUCUCGCUCUUGCCCUACUGCUCUCUGCUUUGAUGGCGGCAUUGCGUCUUCUGAAGCCUGUCAACACCAGGCGAUGCUGGUGGGGGUGGAAAAUCCCCUUCUGAAUCCACGCGAUUCUUGGACAGCCAUGACCUUUGCCAGGGCCUUGCAGACUGGGGGGCUCUGCCGUUAUUUUUCGUCUCUUUCCAUACACGCCCAGUUGUUGUUUGACUGUGGGCUUUGUGGGUUUUCUGCUUUGGAUCGCGAGCGCACACAUACUCGUCGCUUACAGCGUUUCCGAAAUGAAAUGGGACACCCCGUUUUUUAACCAGGACAGUGGUUUUUUCUGGAACCUGAAUACACCCACACUCAUCGCA